UUCUUUCAUGCUAUUGGUUGCUAAUGCCGUGAUGUCAUCAUCCUGCGUCCAACCAUUAUACCGGGUAUACACACUUUUUGUACUGUGAUAAGGCUUUUAAUAGAUGAAUCGAUGGCAACAGAGUCUGUAGAAAAGAGUAUCGACGAUGCUCCGGCAAAUGGCAAAGAGUGCACCAGGUUCGACCUGGAGAAGGAAACCGAGCUUCGGUUUGAGGUGGAAGCAGGAGAGGCCGCGGAGCAAGUGGAGCUGGAACUCCUCACCGGACUGGCGGAAGUGUUCGGUUCAGAGCUGAACCGCAACAAGAAGUACGUGUUUGGACCAGGAUCCAAGAUAGCAGUCUUCACAUGGCAAGGAUGCAGUGUGAAUCUGCAUGGAAAACCAGAGGUCGCCUAUGUAUCUAAAGAUACUCCCAUGCUGCUCUACCUCAACACCCACGCUGCCCUGGAACAGAUGAGAAAACAAGCAGAACGGGAAAAUGAGAGGGGACCAAGGGUGAUGGUUGUGGGUCCCACAGAUGUGGGGAAGUCAACGGUGUGUCGAAUGCUUCUCAACUACGCUGUAAGGGUUGGCAGGAGACCAACACUUGUGGAACUGGAUGUUGGACAAAGUGGUGUGUCCGUGCCGGGGACGGUGUCAGCGCUGUGCAUUGAGCGGCCAGCAGACGUGGAAGAGGGCUUCUCUGUCCAGGCUCCUUUGGUUUAUCACUUUGGCUCCACCACUCCAGGCACCAAUAUUAAACUGUACAACAAGCUGACAUCCUGCCUUGCUGAGAUGUUUUCCCAGCGCUGUGAGGUAAACAGGAAGGCCAGUGUUGGAGGAUGCAUCAUCAACACCUGCGGCUGGGUGAAAGGUUCAGGAUACCAGGCUUUGGUCCACUGUGCCUCAACCUUUCAGGUGGAUGUGGUGCUGGUUUUGGACCACGAGAGGCUCUACAAUGAGCUUAAACGUGACCUGCCUCACUUCGUGCGAGUUGUGCUCCUUCCCAAGUCUGGGGGAGUGGUGGAACGCUCCAAGGAGUGCCGGCGGGAAACCAGGGAUGAAAAGAUCCGCGAGUAUUUCUAUGGAUUCCGUGGAGUGUCCUACUACCCCUUUUCCUUUGAGGUGCGGUUCUCUGACGUCCGCAUUUACAAAAUCGGUGCACCGUCCAUCCCAGACUCGUGCUUACCUUUAGGGAUGUCUCAGGACGAUACGCAGCUAAAGCUGGUGCCUGUCACACCAGGAAGAGACCUGACGUACCACGUGCUGAGCGUGAGCAGCGUCGAGGACGGAGAUGAAGGAGCCAGAAAGAGCAUCGUGGAGAUUCCUGUGUGUGGUUUUAUUGUGGUAACUUAUGUUGACACUCAGACACAGGUGAUGAAAGUGUUGUCCCCAGCACCCAGACCACUGCCCAGACAUACUCUGCUUAUCAUGGACAUUCGCUUUAUGGACAUGAAGUAAAGCAGAUUAUACUUGUGGUGAGAAGUGGGAAUCUAUUUCGGGAUUGGGUUUGGUGCAUUUGUUUAAAAGUCUUUUGUGUUUUGUAAAACAUUUCCUAAGAAAUCUGUAAAAGUUGUAAAUUAGGACCUAUUUUUAAACAUUUAUGUACAAAUGUGACAUUUUUCAAGUAAUUUUUUGAAUAAAAUUACAUAAAGCUUCUUGGAAAAAAAAGUAUUCUUUGUAAUAGAAAAAAGUAUCUGUUGUUAUUAACAACUGGAAACAGCUGGAAACCAGCAAAAAUGCUAUAACUAUUACAUGUUACACAAAAGCAAAACCUUAUAUAUGCUCAACUGGUGUCUGGCUAAAAUUAACACUGUAAAUCAAUUACUUGCUGAUAAAGAAGAAAGGUACACAUAUGAUCCUUCUUAAGUGAGUACAACAUCAAAUUUCAGCUGGUUU